ACGUUCAGCGCAGACGAGUAGAGUCCCUGGUAAUGUGUGGUGUAUAGGUGGAGCGAAUUUCGCGAAACAAACCCCACAUUUCUUUCUAAUUAAAAAAUAUAAAAAAAUAAAAAAAAAUUUAAAAACACAGCAUAAAAAUCCGCAAAAAAAAUCGAAAAAGUAGUGAAAAAAAACCCAAAACAAAAAAUAUUCUUAUUUUUUUGUGUGUACGCAUCCCACGAAACGUGUUUUCCGCUCUAGAUAUCGAGGCCCCGGGGAAAAUUUUCUUGUGGUUUCGAAUUUCGUGUCUGUGGUGAAGAAUAUUUUUUGAAACUACGUCGCGUCGCAGCAACCGCGUCGUCGUUGUCGCCGUCGUUCCAGAAGUUAGCGAGGCGUGAGGAGUGUGCAGGGGCUGCGAUCACAGUCGUCGACACGUCACCAUCGGAGUUCUCAUCUGGCGGAAAGUGAGCGGCGGGAGCUAGUGCGAAAAUGAAUCCUGCGGCGGGACCCAACUAUCAAAUGGCGUCGCUGUAUGUCGGCGACUUGCACCAGGACAUCACGGAGGCGAUGCUUUUCGAGAAGUUCUCGACGGCGGGGCCCGUGCUGUCGAUUCGCGUCUGCCGCGACGUGGGCACCCGCAGAUCCCUGGGUUACGCGUACGUCAACUUCCAGCAGCCAGCCGACGCCGAACGUGCACUCGACACCAUGAAUUUCGAUGUGAUCAAGAAUCGUCCAAUUCGUAUCAUGUGGUCGCAACGUGAUCCAUCCUUGCGUCGUUCCGGUGUCGGUAAUGUUUUCAUCAAGAAUCUGGACAAAUCAAUUGAUAACAAAGCUAUCUACGAUACAUUUUCGGCUUUUGGUAACAUCCUAAGUUGUAAAGUGGCACAAGAUGAGAAAGGCAUAUCAAAAGGUUAUGGUUUUGUACAUUUUGAAACUGAGGAGGCGGCGAAUAUGUCCAUUCAAAAAGUCAAUGGUAUGUUGUUGAAUUCAAAGAAAGUCUACGUUGGCAAGUUCAUUCCACGCAAGGAACGCGAGAAGGAAUUGGGCGAGAAGGCAAAACUUUUCACAAACGUUUAUGUAAAGAAUUUCGGUGAAGAUUUUGACGAUAAUAAGUUGCAAGAAAUGUUUGAACCAUAUGGAAAAAUCACAAGUCACAAGGUCAUGAUCAAAGAUGAUGGCAAAUCGAAAGGUUUUGGUUUCGUUGCAUUCGAGACCCCCGAAGCUGCCGAGAAGGCAGUGAAUGCUUUGAACGGCAAAGAAAUGACCGACGGUAAAACUUUAUAUGUUGGACGCGCCCAAAAGAAAGCCGAGCGUCAAGCUGAACUUAAACGUAAAUUCGAAGAAUUGAAAAAGAAACGUCAGGAUAGCUUCCAUGGUUUCAAUUUGUACGUAAAGAACUUGGACGAUACCAUUGAUGAUGAUCGCCUUCGUAAGGAGUUUGCCUCUUUCGGUACGAUUACGUCAGCUAAAGUGAUGAUGGAAGAGGAGGGACGCUCGAAAGGAUUCGGUUUCGUUUGCUUUAAUUCAGCGGACGAGGCAACUCGAGCUGUAACCGAGAUGAACGGACGAAUUAUUGGUUCGAAACCGCUCUACGUAGCCCUCGCUCAGCGCAAGGAAGACCGCAAGGCUCAUUUGGCUGCCCAAUAUAUCCGUCAUGUGUCUGGAAUGCGCAUGCAGCAAAUGGGCCAGAUCUUCCAAGGUGGCGGCGCCAGUGCUGCUUACUUUGUACCCACCAUACCUCAGCCACAACGCUUCUACGGUCCUCAGGUGACACAAAUCCGAUCGACUCCACGAUGGGCACCGCAAACUCAAGUGCGUCCAACUGCCCAGACCGCUGCCGCCGCAGCCUCUGCUGGAUUCCCGAACAUUGCGAAUGCCGGCUCAACUGCUCAGUAUCGUCCAGGAGCUGCAGCACAGCCAGUUCGCACGACUCCACAAACUGCUCAGGGCGCACACGCUGCCGCCGCUGCGGCAUCAGCACUUCGCAAUCCAGCUCGUGCUAUCACUGGUCAACAAUCGAAUGCUUCUAAUAUUCAGACUCGACAGAUUUCCGCGCCAGUUGCUUCGGCUGCUCAACCACGCCAGCCGAACUACAAAUACACAUCGAACAUGCGCAAUCCACCAGUGCAAACGGUCCAGAAUCAGCCACAGUCGCAACCAUUGCAUCCUAAAGGUCCAGAACCAUUGAUUGCAAGUUUGUUAGCAAACGCCUCGCAAGCCGAUCAGAAGCAAAUCCUCGGCGAACAAUUGUUCCCAUUGAUUGAACGUAUGCAUCCAAACAUGGCUGGCAAGAUCACUGGAAUGCUUUUGGAGAUCGAGAAUGCCGAACUUUUGCACAUGUUGGAGGAUCUCUCGUCGCUGAAGGCCAAAGUAGAUGAAGCCGUGGCUGUGUUGCAAGCCCACCAGGCCAAGCAGCAGACUGUCACCAAGAUUGAAUAUUCGUAUUAAUCAAAGAGUUCAAAAGCGUCAAAUUUAAUACAAAAUUGUCCCAAGGACAAAUGCAAUCACAUCAACACGGAAAAUGUUAGAUAAAUUCGAACAGAUUCAAGUGAAAUCCGAACUCUCUGCGCUAUAAAAAAAAUCAACAAUGAGCCCCCGAUCUUGUUUGAAAAUUGACGAUAAGUCUUAGAUUGACGGUGAAAGUUUAGGGCAAGCCCAGCCCGAAAGACGGGGGACGGAUAGCUUCUGAGAAUUUUUGAAAACUGUACGAAAUUGAAUGGCGAGCGCGUAAGGCUAUGAGGGACGAACAACGGCGACUGCGACAGUUGAGAAAUUGGCCACCGCAGUGACGGCAAAAACAUUCGAUUAAUAAGUGCAUUAUGCUUGUCUCUGUGUAGUAUUUAACGUUUGUCAGCUCGCGUGACGACCUCUCUCUCAGCCUGAUACAAUUAUUUUUUCUUUCUUGUUGGUUUUUAAUAUAAUUCAUUUCCAAUUUAUCAUUUUUUAUAUGAAACAAAGAAUGUUUUGAAACUGUUACGAAAUAUGUUUGAAUUUAAUUGGUUUCCCGGUUCUGCCUUGCUGCAUCGAUUGCUUUGAUUUCGUCCAGAGAGAUAUUCGAGAGAGAAAUAUUUAGGAUCCGUGUGGAAGGGCGACAGAUUGGCGACGCAAAUAGGAAAGCACGUUCUUGAAAUUGAAAUCCUUAUCCAGUAAUUUUGUUGACAAGUUUUAACUUGGGGGCGGCUUCAACUACUGGCGGGAGGGUGGUUAGCAGCCCUUUUGAUGCUAAACACCCUCCGACCCUUCAUAUAUUGCACACUUUUUACAAAAUUCACAAUCCCAACUGGAUAACAAAUGAUACACACGCGGGGACGCUACUCGAGGAACCUACUUUUUUGUUACUGAAAUCCAUAGAGAAAAAUAUGAAAAAAAAAAACUGAAUAAAAAACGAAAAUGUAAUUCAAAAAAUUGAAAAAAAUUUAUUCCUGAUGACAAUUGCAAUGAUUUUUUUGAAAAUGCAUCAGAUGAAAAUAAUCUUGGAAAAAGGCGGAAAAUUUGAAUUCGCAAAACUUUUAGAGAAACAACGGGGGCUUCAGAAGAUCCUUGCUCAGAUCCUGGUUUUGAUCUCAAGAAAUUGAAAGCGGAGGAUGUUCGAAGAGAAGCCUUUCCCCGGUAAUAUGUACGUGAAUAUUUUGUUGUAACUGGAAAUUUUCCUACCAAAGCAUUUGGGUGAGCUAAUCUCAUCCAUAGCUUGAAGUUGAGUGCAAUCGAGGCGGGAGAGUCAGGGCAUAUACACGCGAUUGGAUGGUUAAAAUUUUUAUCAAAACAUGUGAACGAGGACGUUCUCUUUUCAUUCCAAAAGGAGCGCCUGGUCCUGAGGUUUCUAAGACUCAACCACGCUCCCAUUUUUUUGGAUAAGAUAUUUGGUAAUUUACCCCGCUUUUGACCAUACUGUCGAGCGGGCACUACGUUCACAUGGGCCCCGAAUAUUGUUUCGUGUUAAAAUUUUGGGCGUUGAGCUCCGUAGAAACUGCUAAACUGGAGGGGUCGUAUCGCUUGGGAAGGGGGACUCCACGAAUUCUUAGUCGUAAUCGUAGAUACGUCAUAAUCAGCCAAAAACUCCUCUGCCCACAAAGUCGGCUGGUUGCAUCUACGAAUCUACUAGCGAAAAGCUAGGAUUGACGUUUUCAGUGAAACGCUUUUACGAUACAUAUACCCCCAAAGUAGCAGGCUGCGAGCUAAGCCAAAACACAAACAUUGAAACAUAUUUUACGGGGUCAAUUCGGAACAAAUCGCAUACUCCUCCAUGCAAACAAAAACCUCCCUGAAAUUCGCUCGAAUUCGUAGCGACAAAGCCUCCAUUCUGCUUUACUGAUUCCUCUCCGCACAUUUUCGGUUGCACCAACCACAUUUCUGUGAAAGAAAAACAUAAAAAACUACUGAACUGUUAAGAAAAUUGUUCAAGAAAUAUUUAAAAAACUGAAAAAAACUAAAAAUGUGACGAAAAAAUUUUAAAAAUCCAUAAAACACUGACAGAAAACUUAAAUAAAAAUUGUAAAAGUCAAAAAUGGAAAAAAAUAUUUUGAAGAUGUAUCUAUAUAUAUAAAAAAUAUAUAUUAUAUGAAACCAACACCAGUAAGAAGAGAAAUGCCGAAAUUGGAAUUUUUUUGUUUUGUUUUUAACACCUCGGAACACCGAUUUUUGACUGACUCCCUUCAAUAUUUUUUUUUCCUUGAAUGAAUUUUUUUUGUCAACUCUCAACCACGGCAAACGUGUCUUUUUUUGGGUCGGAUUUAUUUGUAUGUUCCUCAAAAUGAUUCGAAGUUGGUUGGAAAUAUGAUUUUUAACGAAAAUGGACAAACCCUUGUGCGGGCCUAGGACCCGUAGCAUAAAUUUGGAUCCUGACUUUUCUUUUAAGUAAGUUAUUGACAUAAAUAUAUAAACGUAUAUGAUUUGAUUUAAAGAUAAUUUUUGUAUUCUGUUAUUGUCCCCUUGGUAUUUAGACAUGUACUGAAAGAAUUAUAAAUAAAAAUAUAUGAAUCCAGAUAAAUUAUAUUCAAAUAAAAAUUCCAUUUCGAUGAAAA